GGAGACAUGCAUAUUGAGGCAAGUCAUUCCACUGCCAGCCUACAAUAAAUUGUGAGUCUGGCAAGGGUCACCACUAUCUCUGAUUUAACUCAUUUAAUCUUGCAGGUAUCCUAAAGUGGAAACAUCCCUUUCUAUGUAUGGUCUUGAAAUAGCCCAGGCAAUAAACUUCAGGACAGCCAAAGUGUUUGUAAUUUAGAAAUCAUUUAUUGUUUAUUUACCGGUUGGGACUGGGCGGACUCUCAGUAGAGUACCCCCUCCAACCCAAAUAGAGACAGGGUUAUAAGCAAUUCUUGUUCUGCCUUACUGUUACAACAGUGACUCGAUUUCUCACUUGAAAAGGGGGAUGUUAGGGAGCUUAUAGGAUGUCUGACAUUGUUAGGCAAGCAUUCUGUCUGAAUAUAACACUUCUCUUAAUUUAGUUUAAGCAACAUUUUCCUAUAAACCUGAGGCCCCUUGACCCAGGGAUUAGGGAUUAGUCUUUUGUCCAUUUCACUCUGAGUUUGCAAUUCUAAAUCUAUAAUUUACAGGCUCCCUAGUGAAACCCAUUGGGGGGAGGUUGUGUAAUCACCCAUAGCAAGUAAAAUGGGUCUCACAAUCCUUUGUGCCUUCAUACUGGCAUUAACAAAUAUCAAGGUAUACCAAAGACUUAAUUUGAGGAAUUGGAACCAAUUAAUUUCCCUAAUUCAAGGAACUUCUACCAAUGUAAAACUGCAAUUUCAAUGGAUUUUGUUGUUUUAAAGAGUAGCCGGGGAAAUUGAGAGAUUAAGUGGUUUGCCCAGAGUCACACCACCAGUAUGUGACUAGGGAGAACUGAAUUUCUGAACCUGGCUUUCUCUCACCCUUUCAGAAGGAACUUAAAAUGUAUUACCAAAGAUUAUGAAGUCUUGGGCAAUAAACUGAAGACUUGGGCAAUAAACUGAAGACUAGGGUAGAGAAUGUUUUUCUCACUAUUAAUGUCCAACGAUGGGUUUGUCCACUCACUCCACUGGCCCUGCAUGCAUUUGUUGAACAGAAAGUUAUUGAAUUAAAAGGACACAGUAUGAACAAGCUUAACAAAACAUUCCCCUCAUAAACGUGGGACACCAUCUCCACUCCUUUGUUUUCCUUCCUUCCCUUCUUUCUCUUUUUCUCCCCCUUUUCCUUUCUUCUAUGUUCUCUGCCUUUUCAAAUUAUUUCUCUUCCUCUCAUUUUCUUUCUUCCCCCUUCUUUUCACUCCUCACAUCUUUCCUUUUCUUCUCUCCCUCUUUUUCUUCAUUAUUCCCCUCCUCUUCUCUCCUUUCCUUUCUUCUCCUUCCCUCCUUUUUUACUCCUCCCUGCUUUUUCAUCCUCUUCUCUUUCCUUUUUCCCACUUUCCAUCUUUUUCUCUCCCAACAUUGCUUCUUUUUUCUCUUCCUUUCUCCCUUUUCUCCCCUCCCCUUUCUUCUCUUUUUCUUUCCCCAUUUCUUCCUUUUAUUCUUACCCUCUCCCUUUUCUCAUUUUUUCUCCCUACUUUUUCUCCCCUUCCUUCUCUUUUCUCAUUUCUACCUUUUUCCUUUUCCCUUCCCUUCCGCCUUUCUCCCUUUUCUUUUCCCUUUUUUUCUUGCCUUCCUCCUCUUUCUUCGUUCUCCCCCCUUCUCUUCGCAUCCUCCUUUUCUUCCCUUUCUGAAAGUUUCUUCACCCCUCGCCAUAUUCCUCCCCCAACUCUACUUUUCCCAUUUCGAUCUAAGCCCGCGCGCGCACUAGUCUGCACUCCACUUAGCUCACUGAGGGUAAGGAUAGUUUCAUUUUUCCUCAGCCUGAAACUCCCCCCGACCUCCUAUUUGGGGCGGAGCCUCUUGCCUACACUCUUCCCGCCUCCCCCAUUUCCCGGGGAUUCCCCGAGGGUGGUGGCUGCAGGUUGAGGAAUCACAGCGGGAGGGCACUUCUGAGUGGCUGAAAGCACAGCCCACGUGACCCUAAAGAACCCGAACGCCCAGUCACAGGUCUCCGGCGGAGUCCGGAGUGGGACUGCGCCCACACGCUUACUUUCCAGAAGAGGGCGUGGCCAAUGUGUGCUCUCUGAUUAGCUGAGAGGCUCGGCGCCAUCGUUGAUUGGUUAGAAGACUCGGCAUCUGGGUGCGCGCCGUAUCUACUUUGGUUCAAGCGCCAAAGGCUUGGGUUAUAUCGCUCGCUUCGGCUUCGCUACCCCGAAGAUGGGGGACCAGUUACUGUUGCAGGGUCGUUUGUUGCCGGACAAAACUCCGCUAAAGUACGAAGACGACGAGGAGGAGGAGAUGGGGGUUGAAGAUGAGGAGGAGGAGCCGUUCUUUAUGGACGCGGAGGAGCUGUAUACGGAAGGGCUGAGAUCGGGCGGCCUCCCCACGCGCCAAUGGGUUGUAAUUGAAGAUGAAAAUACCACAAAGAAGGUUCGAGUGUUUGGACGGUUUCCAUUGAUUGGUCCUUGGUGGAAAGUUAAAGUAAAAGUAAAAGUUGUGAGAUCCCAGUACUUUACCAUUGGAUUGCCAUCUUACUUUUUACAGACAGACUUAUCUAAUCAAAGAGACAUUUGUGCACUUUUUCUUAAGGAAUGUGAAUUUCCAGAAAAUUUUAGAUCAGAUUUUUUAAAGUGGGUAUAUAAAAGAUCAAGUUUUCACAACUUGAGCUUUGCAAAUCUUCAAGAAGCACUCGAAGAUUUUGAAGAACAGCAAAAAGAAUCUUCACGGAGAAAAGAUGGAAAGUCUUCACAGGAAAAAAAUCAAAAUGUGCUGAAUAAAAAUCCAAUUGCUUUAAAAAUUGUAAUGAGAGCUUUGAAGUUUCCAAGAAUAAUGGAAUUCAUUCCAAUCCUUCUGCCCCGCCAUUUUUACAAUCUUCUGAACCUAGAACAUCCUAAGAGCUUAUUCAAAGAUUUGGAAAAAAUUCUAAAUACAUGUCCAUGGAAACUUGGCUUUAGUAGAAUAACCUACAGAGAAUUGAAGCUUAGUGGGUGUGAAGCAACAUGGCUGGCAUUUUGUCAGUGUGAAUUUCUUUUCCAAAAAAUGAGUAAUUUGGAGAAGAAUGCAUUAAUAACAUAUAAUAAACUUAAACAGAUGUGUAGAGACUACGGACACACUUAUAUUAAAGAAGGUGAAUUAACUUCUAAGUUGUCUGGGAAAGUAUCAUUUCAAGAUGUUUGGUCUUCUCUAAAAUUUCUAAAAGAUAAUGGCAUAGUGACAAAUGAGAGAGAAUGCAUUUUUCUCAGUGAUCUUUAUGAAGCUGAAAGAGAUGUUGCUGCUUUGGUUCAUGAUCUUAUGACAUCACCAUCAUGGAAUUUAAAAGUGGAUGUGAAAGAAGUUCUUGCAUCUAUGGAGACCAGAAAAUCCAAGUAUGGAGAAGGAGAUGAUGCAGUGAACACCAGUAAACCUCAGGAAGAAAAAGUAGACAGUGAUGGUCAUGUUUUGGACAUGCAGAGCAACAGUAGCCAAGUUUUUCAUUCUGAUGAAAAUGAAAUUGUUUUUGAAAUGCCAAAUCAAGGACAACUGGAUCAGGAUCAGGUGGCUGCCCUGGAAAUGAUUUGUUCUAAUGCAGUGACAGUUGUCAGCGGGAAAGGUGGCUGUGGAAAGACCACAAUUGUUAGUCAUCUCUUUAAGUAUGUGGAGCAAAUGGAAGAGACAGAAGUUUGGAAAGCUUGUAAAGACUUUGAGCAAGAUCUAGAUGCACCAGAAGAAUGGAACACCUUUGUUCAUCAAAGUGAAUGGAAUUAUAAUAAGGGUGUAGAAGUAUUACUCACAGCACCCACUGGUAAAGCUGCUAGCUUACUGAGAGAGAAGACUCGCCUUGCUGCUUAUACAUUACAUCAGGUAAAGUACAGUUUCUAUUCAUGGCAGAGAACAAAUCAGAAAUCGGAGCACAAAAUUCCAUGGAAAUUUUCUUCAGUCAAAGUUCUUGUUGUGGAUGAAGGAAGCUUAGUUUGUGUUGCAAUCUUCAGAUCAGUUUUAAAUUUGUUGCGUAAACAUGCCAGACUUGUGAAACUGAUUAUCCUUGGUGAUAUCAGACAGUUGCCUAGCAUUGAGCCUGGGAACUUGUUAAUGGAUCUAUUUGAGACUCUCAAAUCAAGAAACUGUGCUGUGGAGCUAAAAACUAAUCAUAGAACAGAAUCUCAGCUUAUUGUGGACAAUGCAUCAAGAAUCUCUAGGAGACAGUUUCCAAAGUUUGAUGCAGAGUUGACAAUUUCUGUUAGUCUGGCCACCUCAAUCCCGAAUCAAAAUAAGAGAUUUAUUUUUAUCAGACUACCUGAAGAUAACAGUCAUUCUCAGUCAUCUCAAAGGAAUUAUCAAUCUCACUUGUAUUCUGCAGUGGAAACUUUACUUAAGGGAGCGGAAGAAUUAAGGAAGCCAGAUGCAUCACAGUUCAUUGCAUUUAGAAAGCAAGACUGUGAUGUGAUAAAUCAAUGCUGUUGCAGCUUCUACUCAGGCCACUUAACAAAAAAUCAUAAAGGUAGAUUUAUCUUCCAAAAAGAUGAUAAAAUCUGUUGUACCAGGAAUGCUUACCUCUCAGACUUACUCCCUCAAACUUCUAAUAGCCUUCAAAAUGAAAAUUUAGAGUUGGACCACAUUGAAGAUCUUGAAGCUUCUUAUCAUAGUAAAAAAUCCAAGAAAUCCCAUGGUUCUGAAAAUGACAUUCGAUUAUGCAACGGAGAGAUAUUUUUCAUAACAAAUGAUGUGCAAAAUGAAAAUGGAAGAUUUUUGACUAUUAAUAAUAUGGCUGGUUUGGAGGUUACUGUAGACUUCAAAAAACUAAUGAAUUUUUGCCAUAUUAGGCAUGCUUGGGCAAGAACAAUUCAUACAUUUCAGGGAUCAGAAGAAGAUACAGUAGUUUAUGUCACUGGAAAAGCUGGUCGACAACACUGGCAGCAUGUUUAUACAGCUAUAACUCGAGGUCGCUCUCGAGUGUAUAUUAUAGCAGAAGAGUCCCAACUCCAGAAAGCAGUUAAACAAAAUAGUUUUCCCAGAAAAACUCGUUUAAAACAUUUCUUGCAAAGAAAUUUUGCUGAUAGUUAUACAUUUCCAGCAGAAAUAUCAUUCCCUUCCAAAAACUAUGGACAAAGUAAAGAAUACAGCUCCCAACCUUCAGCAAGUCCAUUAGCUGAAACUGGUGAAAAUACUUUUAUUAAAAUACAUGGCUCUGUAGAUAAGGAUGUGACAUCAAUUACAAGUAGAGGAGAGAAAUUGGUUUCAUCUGUGGAAAAUGAUGAGGAAGAAGAUACAUCAGACUUGAGAGGAACAAAGAGAAGUACCACAAAUGACUUUGAAAGUCCGAACAAAUUACUUCUGAUGGAACAGACAUCUCCACUUGUAUCUGCCAGACUUCAAAAUAUGACCCUGAAUAGCUUGACUCCCAAGCAGCUCUUCAACACUGCAAACAGAGAUGGAAUUUAAUUUCUGACUGAAUAGAAUGAUUAUGAUGACGUAUUUUUGUCUUUGACAAGAAAAUAUAUAACAGUGUCUUCUAUGAUGGUGAAAUUGACAAAAGUGGAAUAUAGUAGCUAACUAUCUUCUGCAGGUGGAUAAGUCUUUUAGAGCCAAGACUGGUAAAUCGAGAAGAGAUCAACCUGUGGGUAAUUUUAUUUUUAGGUAAAACAAAACAGACUCCAAAGUGUGCCUAAAGACAGCACCCAAAAUGGUGUUUAAGAAAUGUUUUGACGUAAGGUUUUAGAAUUCAUUUUAAGAUCUUCUUCCAUCCCAAAUGUAUUUUUACCUCUGAGACUGUUAUAUUUAGGCAAAUAAUACAGUUUAGUUUAUAUACACUUGGUAGCCUUCAACUGACAGUCUAAAAGGAGGUAAUCUCAAAAACAUAUUGGGGAAAAGCCAGUAUGGCAUUAGAAAAGCUAUUCAUAUGGAACAUGAACAUUGAAUAAAUGGAUAAACAAAUUUUUAAAAACAUUUCUUUAAAAAAAAAAGUAUUUGACUAUAUGGUACAAUAGUGUAUUAUAUAUCAUUUAAAAAUGUUUUAUUAAAAGAAUAAAAAAAUGCAGAAAAGAAAUGGUUUGAAUUUUAACCAGUUUACAAUAAUAGAAUAUAAUUUGAAGCGAAUUUUAUUAUCCCUUCUAAACUAUAGCUUAAUGCAAAAAUCCCUUCUACCGUAUCAUAAAUCAGUGGUUUUUUAGGGACAAGGAACUGUUUUGUAAGACAACUCAUUCUAUUGUUAGUCAAAUCUAAUUUUGGCAAGUUCUAAUCUAAGUCAUAUUGAAACAGAAAUUCCUUCCAUUACACUCUCCAAGUGGUCAUUAUUAUUCAGUCUUUUGCUUGAAGAUCUUAAAUAAUGGGAACCAAGAUGGCACAAUUCAACUUUGAGAUAGCUGUAACUGUUUUUCUUCAUUCCUAUAUUUAGAUUUACUCUGUGGAUAAACAGAGUAGAUCUUGCUUUUGCUCUUAUAAAUUUACUUCUAUAAAUGAAGCCUUAGAUUACAUUAGCAUUUUUAGCAGCCAUCUCAUACUGUUUUGUAGUAUCUGAGUUGGAAGAAAUAAUUGCCCCCAAGAAUCCAUCAAGUCAAGCAUAUAUCUGAAGAAAUCUUCUCUGCAGAGAAGGUAGAAGAUUUUCAGGUAUUUUCAUACCCCAAAACUAUUCAUGCUACUUUUUAUGAAGACCUUCAGAGAGAAGAAAUGCACUCCCUAUCUCCUAAGAUAGUCCAUUGGAUAACUAUUUAUUAAGAUGUUUUGACUUGUAACAAGUCUAAAUAUACCUCUCUUCAAUUUCCACCCCUUGUUGCUAAUUCCCUAAUACCUCAUCACCUAUAUUUAGAUAUUAGACAGCUUCAAUGUCUUCUGUAAGUCUUUUCUUCAUCAGAAUAAAUGUUUUUUGAAGUCCUCAGUUCUUUUGAUUCAUAUGACAAUCAAAGUUCUUAACCAGUCUGCAUAUGCUUUUCUUUGGACACCCUCCAGUACCAGUGUUUGUGUUUUUUCCUUCAUAUGAAUGAUUUCAAGUCAAAUUCCCUCCCCCCGCCAAUUAUUUACUGACUUAAUUUUAAAAACUUAAAAGCAGGACUUCACGAUUAUUUUAGUUAAAUAUCAUCUCCUUUGUUUUGAUCCAUUUGCUAGUUAAACUAUAGGUUAAAUUCCAUGUAAAAUUUACAAAUAACCUUUCAGAAAGUUAAGAAAUAUGGAUAGUUUUAGUGUCUGUUUUAAUAGAAUUUGAUGAGGUAAUUAGAUGCUUCUAUGAAACAGUUGUUAAAAGCACUGCAUUACAAAUACUUAGCGCUUUGGAUUGGAUUGAAAGGGGGGGGAAACUUCUAGAACCUGUUAUGGUUAAAAUUAUCCUUGUUAAAGAGGGAUAGCACAAUAGUUGUACUUUUUUUUUUUUUUUUUUUGGUCAACUUUCAUGGUUUACCAUAGAUAUCUGUAUUAUAAAAUACUUUUAUGAACUAGAAUUUUAGAAGUCCUGCAUUAUUUUAAGAUCUUGGUUUUUAAACUUCAUUCAUGUAAAGGAACUUAGUUUUGUAUUUUAUCCAAUAUGACCAAAGUGGAUUUAGAUCUCGGUUAGUUUAUACUGAAUGUCAUACUUUGUCUUUUUUAAAUUAUUGUUUAUUCCACUGUGUACAAUUUGAUUUUUUUCAUACAAAUUUGCAACAAUUCUGAGCUCCCCCAAAUCAUACAUAGACGAUAAAUAUCAUGCUAUUAAAGUAUUAAAUUUGUACAAAAAUACUUUACAGUUUAAUACUUGUUUGAUACAAAUAAAAAUACAUAUUUAAGUGA